UCUACGUUUCGACCAAAGAUUAAAUUCAACUAGGCUACUUCAUGAAACUGGGUCUACACUCUAUGUAUACCCAGGACAAAACUCAGAAUGGGGAGAAGAAAAAAAACGACUGCCUCUGGUGUUGAAAACAAGUCUCUCAGCUCCCCUCAGACAGAAAUAAGUUUCGAAGGGGAAAAGAGCGGAGCCUCUCCCACUGCCAGUGAGUCUUAUGGGCUUGUGAUUAAUUACUCCGGAGUGAAAGACUUGUCUACGCUUUGUGUGUCCAAUAAAUUAGAGGCUCCUGAGACUUGACGCACUCAGGUGAGUGCUCCACGCGCGGACAGGGACCUUUGCGCACCUUCUGUCGACACUUGUGCCUUUAUAAGAAUUAUCUAGAGUUGGAGCUGGACCGAAGAGUGAAACUACUCUGCACUGCGGGGAAACAGCAAAGUUUGCACUGAGACAGUUGCAUUGGCUUAAUGACGUUUUUCAAGACGUCGCUUUUAAGGAAAUUUGAAGGUUUGUAAGUACUCUCAAUGGUUGGAAGACAGACGAGCCGCAUGGAUAGUGGAAAUGUCCCAGUGACAGAUAUGGAUGAGAGUCCCACAUCUAGCCCCAGCUCCAGUCCCAGUCGUCCGGAGGCACUACGUUCCAGGGUGGUCCAGGCCGGUGGGCUUGGUGGUGGGAAAGGCCGCCCGGCAGCAGCCAAUGCUGCCCGGGAAAGGAGUAGAGUGCAAACCCUGAGACAUGCCUUCCUGGAACUACAGAGGACUCUUCCAUCGGUGCCACCGGAUACCAAACUAUCUAAACUCGAUGUGUUGAUUUUGGCUACCACAUACAUUGCCCAUCUCACCCGAACACUGCAAGAAGAGGGCAUGGAGGAGGGAGAGAGCACAAAACAAACAGAAGCAUUAAAGUCCCUGAAAGGUGAUGGAUACCUGCAUCCUGUCAAAAAGUGGCCAAUGAGAUCCAGAUUAUACAUCGGCGCAACUGGUCAGUUCUUGAACAAUUCAAAUCAAUCGGAGAAUCAAGGAGCAUCAUCGUCGACCUCUCACUCAUAGAUUAUUCGAAAGCAAAAAUCUCAUCUCAUCUAAGGCUUUUUUAAAUGAAUGGACUCUUCCGCAUAGCCUCUGGUAAUAAAGGAACUGGAGAUUUGUCCAAUAAUUAAAGUACCAUUACUUUUUAAUAGAACAAUGGCCACAUUCCCAUGUAAACUGAGGCUAAUGCAUUUCCCAACUUUAUGAACACGUUGUAAAUUAAUAUAUGAUGUGAUUAUGUAGAUAUAAUUAUAACAUGAUUGUUGUGUUUCUCUGCAUUUUGGCCAGUUGGCCUACAUUUCUUCUCUGCAUUGUGCAGUUAUAUAGCCUACUUGUCCGAGGUAUAACUUUUAGAAAUUCGUUGGGUAAUGACCCGUCAUGCUUGAGUUGAUGGCUAUGCACUUUUUUGUUAAAACAUUUGCACUAAAUGCAUGUGUGAAUAACUUAACAUCUGUCAUGUGAAGUGGUCUGUCAGAAUUUCAACAAUGGUAGUCUCUUCAUCUCCUGUUCUCUAUGUGGAUGGUUGUUGACGUGUUUGUGGAAAUAAAGACUUCUGUUGUUACAUUAA